UCCUAGUUUCCUUAUUUAAACGGAAAUCGAUAGUGUGAAUUUCGGUUCCCACAGAACUGGAAGAAACAAAUCUGGAACCCGCCGCUUCUCCCCAAACUGAAACUUUUUCUCUGGAAAGUAGCACAAAAUGCUUUAACAUCGUGUGAGAACCUACAAAGGAGGGGCCUCUUAACUAACACAGCUUGUACCCGAUGUGGAGAACCAGAGUCAAUCAAUCACAUCCUCUUCCAUUGCAACUUCGCAAAAGAAGUCUGGAGGAUAGGACCAUGGACCGAUGCUUUCUCAAUCACGACGGAGACGAUUUUCAAGCCUUCACUUUGCGCCUCGUAAUCAUGGAAGAUCCUUCCUCCUGUGGACGUGGUAGAAAAUUUAUUCCCUGGAUCUGUUGGCAUCUUUGGAUCUCAAGAAACAAGCUCAUGUUUGAUAAUCGAUUGGCGACCCCUCAAAAUGUUUUACUCCAAUCCAUAUGUGCGAUGAAGGAGUGGGAAGCGGGCCAAGCGGCCAACCCAAAUCGACCAACAACUACCCCAAUUUCGCCCCCGAUCUCGCAUCUACCACGACCUUCUUCAAUGAUCUCAAUCUCCACCACCGUCUGUCACACCGAUGCCUCCUAGAAAGCUGGAGCGGCGGGUCUGGCCUGGAUCUUCUCAGAUCAUGCGGGUACCGAAAGUUCCCAUAAAGCCAUCUCGCUUAAUCAUGUAUUUUGUCUGCUCAUGGCAGAAGCCUUGGCCAUCAGAGGAGCACUCCUGCAUGCAGCAUCUAUCAAAAUCACCCACAUCUGUUUUCGAUCAGAUUCUCAAGUGCUUAUUCAAGUAAUCUGUCAGAAGAAAUUGAUAAUGAAACUCUUCGUCGUUCUGUCUGAUAUCUGACUCUCUCCCGUUCUUCGCUGCUUCUCCUUUUGUUUCUUGUUGUUUCAAUUUCAUUUCUCGAACUGAAAAUGGGCAUGCUGACCAGCUCGCAAAAGUCUAACUUGCAUCCUCCUUUGUAAUCAAAUUUAUUGGGCCCCUUUGAUUACCUUAAUGAAUUUCUAUGUUGCACAAAAAAAAAGUUUUAGUCAUUUACAUGAAAAUUGUGAUUUUCUUUAACUAAUUGUUGUCCAAACAUAUAUAUCUACUAUAUUUGAAUACAAAUCUAUUAUAAUUCGUAUUGGCUCAGAAGUAUUACUAAAUUUAAGUAUGUUUGAGGGAAACAGAUUUAGAACAUUAACUAUAACCAUUAUGAUACAUAGACACCUUAACGAGACACAUGAAUUCACAAGUCACAAACAUCUCUAACGCCUAACGAAAGUACGAGACUUGUUUUUCGGCAACUGUUUCUCUUUUCCAGUGUGUUUUUUGAUCUGACCGGAGAUGGAGAUUGCAAUAAUCGUUGCACUAAAUAACAAAUUUUAAAUAUCCCUAUAUUAUAUGCAUGUGAGACAUCCGACAGUGACGUGACUUGUAAAGUCUUUUAUCAUCAUAUUAUUUAUUACUUAUUAUUACUCAAUGGUGAUAUUUAUUUGAUUACAUUCUAUAUAUUUUUCUAUUUAAAAUUUGAACACUGAUGUAUACUAGUAGACUACCAUCUACACUCGUAACGUAACUAUAGAUAUUUAGAUUUCAGUGUCAUAAGACUCAGAAAGGAGGCUUUUGAAAGUAUGUGAUGAUAUAUCCACAAAUACUAAUUGCCAUACCAUAUUGUACUAUCUACUGAAUUUUUUUUCUUGGUUUAUCUGUUAACCUGCGAAAAGUAUUAUAACCACUGUAUCAAUAAUUAAUUAAAGCUAGUUUAGUAAAUGCAGUGUAUCGAGUAAAAAGUGAUUUAGAGUUGCAUUAACAAACUAAUAAUUUACAGUUAAUGUCAACAUGUAGUCAUGUACACUAUAUGUGUUGAGGUGUAAAAGAAGUACUACUGAAAUAAUUAAUCUGAAUUAAUAUUAUACUAAAUGCAAUGCAUAUUGGUGUAAAUAUAUGUUAAUUGAAUUUCGCUAAUUUACUAGUUCUUUUCUAGAGUUAAUAUUCAAUAGCAGAUAUCUUCAAUUACUGAUGUUUUGUUAAACUAUUUUUUACUUUACCGCUUAAAACUUCUGGCAAAUAAACUUAUUUAUUUUCUAUCAACGCCAAUACACCAUUCAUAUACUUUUUUUGAAACUUACCAUUCAUAUACUUAUGACCAAAGAUUACCAAAUAUUCAAAAGAAUUCCAACAAAUCAGAAUAGAUCUCAAUUCAGAUUGGAUAGUCUUAAAAGCUUUUUCAUCCCUAACGUUUCCACCUUAAAAUGUUACAUUUAGAAACAGCCAAAGCAUGAAGAUUAUGUUUACAGACUAAUAGACUAUUGACAUAUCAAACACCUUUACUAUGGUAAAAUAUAUACUUGUUGGAAUUUCCAGGUUUAUAAAUAUGUAUGAAACAUAUGUUUGAAUAAUUAUUUUCAAGAGUAUCUAGACUGUAAUCCAACUUUAAUAGUUUUCUAAGAAAAUACAGAUACAAAAUAUCUAUAAUUUAAAUAUGUAAGAUACGUCAUUAUUACCCAUUGAAUAACAAAAUGGAAACCUAAUAACUUUCUACAUGAUAUCAUUUUAUGGAGAGUAGAAUUCAGAAUUCAAUUGAAAUGCCAUUGAUCAGAACUCGUCUAGCCUAAAUUUAAGAUAUCUCCAAAUUGAAUAUGAAAAUUUUCAACAAAACAAAAUGAAUGCUAAUUUACAAAUGGCAAAACACUUAUUACAGGGUCAGCAUAAUUCUCGGUAAGAAUAAUUCUACAGAUUACUGAGCUAAGAUUAAGAAUUUAAUAAUUGAAUAUGUUGACUUUAAGUGUGUUACAAAAGCCCCUAGGAGAGAGGCUAGUAGUGGCAACGAGCCUUCUUUGUCUGAAAAGGCAAAGAAAACAAAGAGGAAUAGUAGUUUCAAAAAAAAAAAAAAAAAAAACAAAGAGGAAUAAUAAAAUUUGAAAUAAGAGAGCCACAUCAUGUGCUUCUUCUCUAACCAAAAUAAAAAGUUACCGUUGGCUUAGACUCAGAGUUAGAAGCAAAUCGUUUCCUUCAUGAACCAACGGUCAUCUUAAUCACCUAGCCGUUGCUAUUUUCUUUAAUAAUAAUAAUAAGUUUUUUUUUUCUUCCUUUUAAAAUUUUAAUUUAUUUUAUUUCCUUUGAAUCCUUCUCUUAUAUCAUGGCUUCUCUCUGACUCGUCAGGAUCCAAUUGCAUCAGACGUGAACAGACAGAGAGAUCCUCUUCGUUUGAUGCUCUUCAUCUUUUUACUCUAGAGUUCUCUGUAGUGGGUUUUGAGCUUUCUUCUCAAAUCAAAUAUCAAACAUGGUUAAUCAAGAACCCAUUACAGCGAUUCUUCAAGAUGAAACGAGAAGAAGCACAAAAUUGGGUUUAGAGAUGAAAAGACAGAACAGGAGAGCAUUGUCUGUAAUUAACCAGAACCUCGUUGUUGCAAAAGCUUAUCCUUGCGUUGUUAACAAGAGAAGAGGCUUGUCUGAAUCUCAAGAAGAGACAAAGAAACUGAAACCAUCAGUUCCAAGCGGGAACGAGUUUGGUGAUUGUAUAUUCAUUGAUGAUGAAGACGAAGAGGAAGAGGAAGCAGCUACAUUGGACCAAUCUAUGCCAAUGUCAUUAGAGGAACCUUACAUAGAAUCUGAUCCAAUGGAGGAAGAAGUUGAGAUGGAGGAGGAGGAACAAGAACCAGUUUUAGAUAUUGAUGUAGACGAUGCACACAACCCUCUUGCAGUUAUUGAAUACGUCCAAGAUCUACACGAGUUCUACAGAAAAAACGAGAGGUUUAGUUGUGUUCCUCAAGAUUACAUGGCGCAACAGUAUGACAUAACAGAGAAAAUGAGAGCUAUACUUAUCGAUUGGCUCAUCGAGGUACAUGAUAAAUUCGAGCUAAUGAACGAGACAUUGUAUCUAACAGUGAACCUUAUAGAUAGAUUUUUAUCAAAGCAAGCUGUUGUAAGAAAGAAGCUUCAGCUUGUUGGUUUAGUUGCCUUGCUCUUAGCUUGCAAGUACGAAGAGGUUUCUGUACCUAUUGUUGAAGAUUUAGUUGUCAUCUCUGACAAAGCCUAUACCAGAAACGAUGUUUUAGAAAUGGAGAAGAUUAUGCUUAAUACUUUGCAAUUCAACAUGUCGUUACCGACACAAUACCCUUUCUUGAAGAGGUUCCUCAAGGCAGCUCAAUCAGACAAGAAGCUUGAGAUGUUGGCAUCGUUCCUGAUGGAGCUGGCUCUUGUGGACUACGAAAUGCUACGUUAUCCACCAUCGUUACUAGCAGCCAGUGCAGUGUACACAGCUAAAUGUACAAUCCAUGGCUUCAGCGAAUGGAACAGCACUUGUGAAUUCCACAGUCACUACUCUGAGGACCAACUCAGAGAAUGUAGUAGAAGAAUGGUGAGUCUGCAUCAGAAGGCAGCGACUGAUAAACUAACAGGAGUACGUAGAAAAUACAGCUCGUCUAAGUUCGGAUACAUAGCAACAAAGUAUGAAGCUGCUGCUGCACACUUUCUUCUUGUGUCAGAUUCUCCAAAGCUAUAGCAAGCAAGAGAGACCUGACAUUUUUCAUUCUUAAUUUUUAAUUACAAAAAGAAACAACAAUUAAAUAAAUUCAAUUCAAUUCUUACUCUGAAUUUGAUUUGUAAUUUGAACUCUUUUUUCCUUUAUUGAUAUCUCAGCAAUAAAAACUCUCUAAUUUUCUGAUAAA